GGGCUUUCGUUUCUCUGCCUUUCGAGGUUGGUACUGCUUGUAGUUCAUUCGAUCCGGCCUUUUCAAACACAUCGGAAGUCCGUUGCAAAAAAAUAAAUUUUUUAAAAAUUUUACAUAAAAUUUUCUUUUUGGUUUGCCCGGCUCCAUUCUAAAGCGUCAGUAAGAAUGGACGGCUACUAUAGCAACAAUGGCUGCAACAACGGUGGCUACCGAAGGAGUGGCAACUGUGGAUCCUAUUGUGGCAGCUGCCCCAACGGCCAGUGCCCCCGAAUGGAGGCGGGUGGCAAUGGCAGUGGGGCCCAAGGCCAGAGCCGGCCGGGUUGUCCUGGCGGAAACUGUUGCCCCGGCGGAUGCUGCCCGACCGGAAGGUCGCGCUUCGGUCAAGACUGGCAGAGUGGCGGACGCCAGCACUAAAGAGCUGGCGCUUCCAUGCCCGGCGAAUCGAAACACCUAUGAAACGGACUUCCCCACCCGAACUUUACCCGAAUAGCUUGGACCAGGAACCAGACACGGAGAACAUCUAACAAGGCGAUGACAGAAGGGAAAGGAUGCCGACCGAACCCAUAACGGAGUUGAAUGACCUGCACAAUAUACCACUGAACAGAGGCAAUCUCAAUGCAGGCGCCCAACAAGAAUUAUUCAAAGACAAAUUUUUAGUAACACAAAUAUAUAAGUAACACCUUAUUACAAAAUAA